UUUUUUAAAUCUUUAAAAGCCUGAAUCGUGACCCGGUUCUCUCCCGGCCUCACCCCGGGGCUCAGUGUCCGGCUGACCGCCCCUCUGUCCCGGCUCGGUCCUCCUCCUGGAGCCGGGGAUCAGUUCAGGAGUUUCUCCAGGAUCAGAGAGAUGCCCAAGAAACAGAACAGGUCAAAGGUCAGCCAGUCGGUCCGGAGCAGCUCAGACAGAAACCCCGUCCCCGGUAUCUCGAGACAAAGUGGAGCCGUCACGAUAACGGUUCACGCCAAGCCCGGCUCCAAACACAGCGGCAUCACAGAAGUGUCAGCAGAGGCGGUGGGCGUCUCCAUCGCAGCUCCUCCGACGGAUGGAGAGGCGAACACUGAGCUCAUCCGGUACCUGGCUGAAGUCCUGGACCUGAAGAAGAGUCACGUCUCUCUCGACAAGGGCUCCCGGUCUAGAGACAAAGUCAUCAAAGUGGACUCCUCUCUCAGUCCGGAGGAGGUGCUGAAGAGGCUCAGAGAGGCUGCAGGAUGAGGACAGAGGAGGAGGAUGAUGAAGGCUGAAACGUGGUUCCUCCUGAGAGGAUGGAGGAGGACUUCACAGCUGGAGCAGUGAUGCUGCUGGACGACAGGAAACCAGAACAUUACUGUGACCGUGGACUCAUGAGAAAGACUUGUUGCGUCCCCGGGCUGAGCUGCAGCAUCAGGAGAGAGACGUCCGUCUGUAGAGCGGACGUGAUGUCUGGAGCGACCUGAAGAUUUUAAAUGUUUGGCAUGUUUGGAUAAAGGAGAGCUUCCCUUUGAAUAAACUGGUUUUUAAUCUGUG